CUGUGGCCUCCGAACCCCGCCGAGCCUAGGACGCGCCAGCAUCGGUCCCCCCAGUCCUGUAUAUCGGCUGGGAGACCCCUGGCGAGCCGUCCGUGCGGCAGGUGUCCUUUUCGGAACACCUGGCCCCUGAGGGCCUCGGCGGCGGCCGGAUUCGGACACUGGAGGCAGGAGAAGCCUUCCAGACGUCCGUUGCCACCGGAUACCGGAAGUCGUCCCGCUGUUGUAACUUUGAAUGGUCACUAAAUGAACUGUUGUAAGUCAAGGACUGCCUGUAUUCAAUUCAAUUCAAUUCAACCUUUAUUGUCAAAGCACAACAUGUGUACAAUGAGAUUGGCUAAACCUCCCUUUGUGCACACACACCCAACAUAAAUACGUAUCAAUAACUCACACAAUCCUCUAUACAUACCGUAUUUUUGGGAGUAUAAGAUGCACCUUUUUCCCCUCAAAAAGAGGGUGAAAAUCUGGGUGUGUCUUAUACUCCGAAUGUAGCUUCACCCAGCUUCUCAAAGGGAGGUUUCAGAGACUGAAAAAAGCAUCAGAAACGGAGCUUCAGAAAAAAAUCCCCCAAAUAGAGCUUCAGAAAAGUCCCCAAACAGAGCUUCAAAAGCUUUUUUUCUGAAGUUCUGUUUUGGAGGCUUUCAGAGGCAGAAAAAAGUUUUUUCUGAAACAGAGUUUCAGAAGCAGAAAAAAAAGCAAAAAAAAAAAGCAAGGCACAGAGCUCACAAUCAAGGAACCUGUUGCUAAAAUUCACCUCUGGGAACAGCUGAUUGGGGGUAUUCCGGGAGGCCAACCAGCUGUUUUCUUAUUUUCCUCUCCAAAAACUAAGAUGUGUCCUAUACUCCGGUGCGUCUUAUACUCCGAAAAAUACGGUAUAUGUGCGUAACAUUGCAUUAUGGUAUAUUGCACCAAUAUGAAUAUUUUGCGCCUGCCCUGUAGGUCUAUAUCAUACUACAUGCUUAUGAUGUUAGGUUGUAUUCAGCACUCUUGACAGCCCACGGAUAAAAGCUGCUCUUCAAUCUGUUUGUACGACUGGCUAUGCUUCUAUAUCGCCUACCCGAUGGUAGGAGAGUAAAGAAGUGCUGACCAGGGUGUGAAUCGUCCCUGAGGAUUUACCCAGAACUAACUUCAAGUCAAAAUGGCCCCUAUUCUUCAGACAAGAUCUGAGAUUCUCUCUCUCUCCCUUUUGCCAUUUAUAUUGGUGUCAGAACGUUAUGGCAUUCCUGAUGUUUUUCUUCCGUCAUACCAGUUUGGCCUUUUCCCUCCCAGCCUAUGUUUAAACAGUCUUGGGUUGCCUUCUGGAAAUGUUCCAGCUUAAUCUGACACUGAGCCAUGAUGUGUAAACUUUAUCUUCCUCAUCACCAUGGAUGGUCCUUAAUAAAGGAAGUGUAUUUAUGUGACCCAACCAGUUUGCCCAGUCAUUGGUAAAUUUCAGGGGUGGAGCGAGAAGGGAGGGAAAAGCUUGUGAUUUUGAGUGAGAAAGACAAGCCAUUGGUUAUUUGUCAACCAAUCAAGGUCCUCAAAAUAUUUCCCACUAGCAUUAAUAGAACCAUAUCUCUCCCUAGGUGAAUUCAAUAGCAACAACAGCCUAUCAAGGAAUGUCGUUUGCCCAGGAUACUAUAUCCCUACUGUAAUGACGGAAUUAUGCUAAAAAUCCACACACACACACCCAUUUCUUAAGAACACACUGCUGCUUUUCAAGCAAACCCAAGAAGUUUACAGAGCAAUAUUCCAGCUCACUUUUCCUCCACUAGAUCUGCUAAACCAUACAUCCCAGCCAGGCUGGCAUUCAGAAACCAGUUGGCUGGGAAUGAUGGGAACCGUAGAAGAGCAACGUCUGUUGUUGCCUCAUUCAGUCCGUCAAAUCAGAUUAAAGCGUGCCUUUAUCUUCCCUAGCCGCAACUCUGAAGAAGGGGAGAUUUAACUGGAGGUUCUCCUGCUUAAACAGGGGGCUGGUCUAGAAGACCUCCAGGAUCCCUUCCAGCUCUAUUCUAUUCUAACUCGGGACAGGGGCAGGGGAAGUGGGCAGUGGAUCCCAACGGAUCCUUUGUCCGUCCAGCUCAGCGUGGACAUCCUUUCGUCGGUUUAGUUACCGCGUUCGUCUGAGGCUUUCCCGGAACGAAGGAGCGCGUUACGCAAGGUUAAAGAGUAAGAGAUACGCCGCGCCCUUCGCCCCUGGUUCUUCUCCCAGCUCUCCGGCUGGCCGCCGGCUUCCACCUGACUGCGAAGCGCAAAGACCGCGAUCCCAGGCGGAAGAAUCUCUCUCACUCUCACUCUCUCUCUCUCUCGCAGGCGCCUGACUCGCUGGGUUCUCGGAGGAAAAGGCCUCGCCAAGAACCGGGAGGAAGAGGAGAGCUCGCCGGUGCCAGAAUGAUUCGUCCCCUGGGGGAAUGCAGCCAGAUGGCCGCAAAGCCUCCUGUCUUCCCGGGGAGUCCCCGAAAGCUUCGUUCGGGCAGCAGGGGGGAGGAGGGGAAACCGGCGCCUUCGCCUGAGCGAUCACUCGAUCCGGCCCGCCAGCUCCGAGUCCCGCCGAGGCUUCCCUCCGCCCCACCCAGCGCUCUGCUCUCCUCCCCUGCCUUCCAAUUGGCAAGCCCAGCAGCCCGGCCCCUAACGCUAUAUAUGCCUCGUUCCGCCGCGCUAUGGGGACCUGAGCGGAGAGAGCGCAGCAUCCUCAUCCCGCCGCACUCCAGACCUUCCCUGCCGUUGCGCGAGGGGGAAGACAGAUUCCCCACCCGACGCCACCGACUCGAGAAAAAAGUUUCUUUCUGGUCGCCAGGAAUCCCGACUGCCAGGGCCUCCCCGGAGCUAGAUCGCAGCCGUUCUAGGUUCCCUUCGUAGCUCUUCUCCACCUGCCUCCCGCGCCUGAUUUUUCAGAGUAUAACCCUCCCGCAGCUGGAGGUUCGACGGCGUUUGAAGCAUCCAUCCAUCCUUCCGUCUAGUACCAAGAAUCAUGAGUUCCCCUUUGAAGCGAGCCCCCCUGCUCAGCUCUCUCCUAAAGCUGCGAGGUCCUGGGAGCGCACCUGCUUUGCAGCAGCAGCAACAGCUGCCCACUUCGUCCGUGUGCGCCUUGGAGCCCAAGGCUCAGCUGCCUUCUUGCCCCAUGCAUGCUCCCCAUUCACUUUCUGCCCUGCCCGGUCCUGUCAAAUUGCCUCUGAUGGGCAGCCUCUUAGACAUCCUUUGGAAAGGGGGCCUCAAGAAACAGCACCAGACGCUGGCUGAGUACCACCAGAGGUUUGGCAAAAUCUUCCGCAUGAAACUUGGGAGUUUUGACUCGGUUCAUAUAGGGGCACCCUGCCUGCUAGAGUCUCUGUACAGGAAAGAGAGUGCAUAUCCCCAGCGCCUGGAGAUUAAGCCCUGGAAAGCCUAUCGAGACUACCGUAAAGAAGGCUAUGGGCUGCUUAUCCUAGAAGGAAAGGACUGGCAGAGAGUAAGAAGUGCAUUUCAGAAGAAAUUAAUGAAACCCAUGGAAAUAGUAAAGUUGGACACUAAAAUCAAUGAGGUCCUAGCUGAUUUUAUGCAUCAGAUAGACACACUCUGUAACCAGAACGGAGAAAUAGAAGAUUUAUAUUCUACGCUGAACAAGUGGUCAUUUGAAAGUAUUUGCCUGGUGCUGUAUGGGAAAAGAUUUGGACUUCUGCAGCAAGACGUAGGGGAAGAAAGUUUGAACUUUAUCAAGGCUGUAAAAACGAUGAUGAGCACUUUUGGGAAGAUGAUGGUGACACCAGUUGAACUCCAUAGAAGUCUAAAUACGAAAGUUUGGCAAGCUCAUACGAAUGCAUGGGAUAAUAUAUUUAAGACAGUGAAAUGCUCCAUUGACAGCAGGUUGAAAAAACACUCUGCGAAUCCCUCUGAAGACUUCCUUUGUGACAUCUACUUCGGGAGCCAGCUUUCGAAGAAAGAACUCUAUGCUGCUAUUACAGAGCUUCAGAUUGCUGGGGUUGAAACGACUGCCAACAGUUUACUUUGGGCUUUGUACAACAUCUCCGGCAAGCCAGAUGUCCAGGCAAAGCUGUUUGAGGAGAUACAGAAUGUGAUUUCACCUGGAGAAGAUCCAAAUUGCGAACACCUGAAAAAAAUGCCCUAUCUGAAGGCAUGCCUGAAGGAGUCAAUGAGGUUAACACCUUCUGUGCCGUUUACAACUCGAACCCUUGACAAAGAAACAGUCCUUGGAGAUUAUGCUCUUCCAAAAGGGACUGUGUUGAUGAUUAACACUUACGCUCUGGGAUGCAAUGAAGAAUAUUUCAGUAACUGGAGUGAAUUUCAACCAGAACGUUGGUUGCAAAAAACCAUCCAUCCAUUUUCUCAUGCUCCAUUUGGCAUUGGAAAAAGAAUGUGUGUUGGGCGCCGACUGGCAGAGCUGCAACUUCAGCUAGCACUCUGUUGGCUUAUACGGAAGUAUCAGAUUGUAGCCACUGACAACAAGCCAGUAGAAGCUCUUCACUUAGGAAUCCUCAUCCCCAACCGAGAACUUCCGAUUGCAUUCAAACGACGCUAAGGUUCUACAGGAAGAACAGCUGACAUUUUUGUUAGACAGCAAGCAUUCUUGAAUUUUGGAUUCCCAGAUCCUGCUAGAGUCUAGUUGUAUUUUGAGCAAGGGCAGAACAACAGGAAUCCAAAGCUAGCUUGAAGGCAAAUCAGUCAAGCUAUGUUGAGCACACCUAAGCAAUCACUUCAUAUUAUUGUAAAAGCUAUACCCAUUCCAAAGGUAUACAGUGGAAGAAUGGCAGAAUUACAAACUUGGCAGUUCUUUUCGCCUAAUCUUGGGAUGAAAGAAAGGUCCAUUCUCCUUUAUCUUCUGCUGCGAAAUGUGCAGUUCUCGACCCAUGCUGUUAAUGUUUGUAGGAAAACAAUGAUCGCAAAGGGAUGGAAUGACUGAGUCCUCUGAGUUCAUGCUUGACCUCAGGAUUGGAAACGCUGGAGGAGAAAUUUUGUUUUGCCCAUGCCCGAGUUCUGUUGGAACUUUAAAUGAAGACCUUUGUCUGCAAGAGGGUGAACAACGUGAUUGCAAAGGGACGGAAAGUAUUUUAGGGAGUGGACUGUGUUAAAUGUCCACAAAGGGAAAGAAUCAGGGGUGAAAUCUACUUACCUUCCUUACCAGUUCGGAAGUGCACACGCCAUGUAAUGUGUAAUGUAACACAUUACUUCCAUAGCUUAAACCCAGGAAGUAAUGACACCCAGGCGGGUGGGCAGAGCUUUGCUCUGCCAUUGCUACCGGAUCGCCAAACCACCGGCCACGAUCGCUACCGGAUCACUAGAUCCAGUCAGAACCGGGAGCAUUUCACCCCUGGAAAGAAUGCCAGUAAUAGAAGUACUACCCUUUCAUCCUUAGAGAAGGAGAGCUGUGUUAGUCUGCGAUGGCAAGAAAUCUGGAAUGAAUGCAGAGUUUGUAGAAAUGCUGAAGGGCUGUAUUUGAAAAACAAAGUAGGUCUGGCUCUCUCUGCAUUGUUACAACUAUUGGCGCCUUGAGCAAACUCAGCAACUAUAUAUGGAGAAAUAUCAUACAUACAAACACACACAUGCACUCACUCACACAGAGGUUUUCAGGCAGACAGAACAAUGAGUCACAUUACAGAACGCAGACCACCCAAAUUGUUAUAAGCCCUUCAAGGUGAUGCAUACUUUGGAGACCAAAUAAAUAACUUAUGCUUGGACACAGUGAGCUGUACACUUGAUGACUCCAUCUAGAAGGUGAAUAAGAUCAUACAAGCAGACCGGUACAAUUUAUUUCCCAUCAAAUCAAAGCCAGCUCCUAAAUUAUUUGUAGCAGCCCAACAACUUUUUCCUGUAACUUUUUCCUUUUGCUAACUAAAGAAUUGAGGCCAUCGUUAGGUAUACUGAUGCAACUUAAAUGGCAGAUAUUAUGGGGAGCAAUGGCAAAUCUAGAUAUUCCUUUCUCUCCAAUAUAGACACUUGUAUAAUCUGUCAUCUACCUUUUAAGCUGUUUAUCAGCUUUCAUGUGUGGUUGGUAGCAGAGGGAGAUGGGGUGCUAUCUUUUCUUUUGCCACAAAUCAACAGUAUGUCCUGAAUUUGUCAGAUGUGAUGAUCACGAUCUUUUAACUGCCUUUAAAACAAGAAUAAACAAAUUCUUCGGUUCAAUGUUGUAAGAGCUCCAUGCAGGUUGUUCGUCUCUGAACAGAGAGCAACAAAAUGGGAUUCAUUUUGCACCCGACUUUCAUGUCUGUGAGCUGCCACUGUUGGAAAUAGGAUGUUACUCUGUUCAGACCAUCAGUCCAGCAAGGUUCCACUUAAGUUUCUAAAUCCACACUAAUAUGUCACAAUUUAUGCAGAAUGGAACAUCAGCCUUACAGCAUUCCAUAGAAUAUAAGGAUUAUAGUUCCCUGGUAUUUUCUUGUAUUCCUUUUGAUACAGUUUCCUUCUUAUUUUGUUUUUACGUGUUUUUAAUUGUAUUUUUUUAAAAAAAGUGAAUGUGUUUUUUAAGACCUCUGUAUUUUGAAGAGUUUUUGAAUUUUGUAAUAAAAAGAAUUUGUGGA